CAAAACAAAUUUGUAGCACUUCCUGAAUUGGACUUCCGGUAAACAGCGUCUAUUAUUUUAUUACAAAAUACUAAAGAUCGGUUAGCAGAAAAUGUCUGCGGCUUUUAGGAGUGUAACUCCAAAUGCUUUGGCUCUGGUAUUUCAUGUAUACUUAUUUUCAGAGAGGAUAAGAGGGCCUUAUAUGCAACAAAGUCCUCUAUCAUAUCCGAUGCCAUCAAACUUACCAUCAAAUCCUGCCAUGAACUACUAUAAUCAGCCUCAGUCAACUCCUACACCUAACUCCGCGGUCAAUCAACCUUCUACUCCACAACCAACAACGCCAUUUACAGAAAAAAGUCUAGGGCCUCCCAGCUUCGCACCCAUGAAGUUAGGAGCUAGAGGGCCAGAGUUGAAAAUGCCAAAACCUCCCAAACCCCCUGACAAACCUUUGAUGCCUUAUAUGCGCUAUUCCCGUAAAGUAUGGGAACAAGUGAAAGCUGCUCAUCAAGAUCUUAAAUUAUGGGAAAUUGGAAAGAUAAUUGGAGGAAUGUGGAGAGAGUUGCCUGAAAAUGAAAAGCAAGAAUAUAUGGAUGAAUAUGAAAUAGAGAAAUCUCAAUAUAAUGAUGCUAUGAGAAAUUAUCACAAUUCACCUAUGUACCAAGCUUAUGUUUCUGCCAAAUCAAAAGCUCAAGAAGCUCAGGCUGCAGUUCAAGCUUAUGCAGAAGAAGAAGAAAUCGCUGGACGACGAGGGAAGAAAGUAACAGAUACAAGAAUCAGCAUUCAGCCAGCAGAUGAUGAAGAUGAGCCUCAAGAGGAUGGAUUGUGGGAAAAACAUUUAGCAUCUUCUCGUUAUCAUAGAAAUCACAGAUUAAUCAAUGAAAUUCUGGGAGAAUCUGUUGUUCCUGAUGUUAGAACCGUUGUUACAACUAGUAGAAUGGCUAUAUUGAAAAGGCAAGUUUUAUCUUUAAUUACUCACCAAAAGAAGCUAGAAUUAGAACUGGAGAAUCUCGAAAAGCAACACAAUAAGAGAAAAAGAUUAUUGGUUGAAUCGUCAGAAACUUUUAGUAAUAAAAUGAGAAGAAUUUGUGAAGAUAGACCAUCUUACGACGAUGAUAGAUUUGAAGAUACUGUCCAAGAUGAAAUGGAUAAAAUACGAAAUAUAGAGGAGAAAACUGAUUAA